AUGGCUAUGAUAAGCGGCUAUCAGCAACCACGGUGGAAAACGGUGUCGGCGUCGAACGGCGGAGAGCAACCUGCUGGCAGUGGAGGACGGCGGGCUUCGUCUGGAAGAAAGAGGAAGGUGAACGGCGGAACUGGACGGCGGCGGACUGAAGAAAAGAUGAAGGUGAACGGCGGCGGGACUGAAAGGCGGAAUGGACUGAUGAAAUGGGGAAGAGGCCCAGCUGGUCGGGGUCGAACUAGUCGAGGUCGAGGUGGCCGAGGUCAAUCUGGUAGAGGUAGAGGCAGAGGCGUAGGACGCGGUACUGCAGGGGGUGUUGCAGGGGGUGCUCAAGCACCAGGUUCAGCUGCAAGCGGGACAGGUCUCUUUGCAGGAUCAAUAUGCGAUUUUGGGUCAGAUUGUUCAGCAGCAGCAAUCACGGGCUAG